GCCGAAUUAGCUAAUAAUGGAGAGACACGAACCUUGGGGUCAUGCAUAAUCUGCGUGUUUCCAGUGUGCCUCGGCCGAGGUGGCGGCCUUUUUGUUUCUUUGUUUCCCUUUCAUCAUCCGUUGUCAGCACAGUUGACGAAGCCAGCCCGUCUCAGCCACAUAGCUUGCGGGUUGUGUCUCAAGUGUCGGUCGUCGUUGCAGACAGAGCAAGACACGCGCGCGGCAGAGCCUCUUGAGCUGAGCCAUGGGCAUGGGGAUCCACUGCUCCGACCGCAGUCUCCAACUCUCCAUGUCGCCGGUCGUGGCCUCAAGAUGAUCGCAAUCGGGCAGCGACCCGUCAGCGUGGCCUGGACGCUGUGCGGGGCCGUGCUGUCUUGUUACAUACUCUCUAAUAAAUACUACACCAGCAUAGCGCUUGAACGGCCGUUGCAUUUCAGCGUCCUUACCUUUCUCAUCGUCGGGUUCGUUGUCAAACGACACGCAGCGGGACGGAGACAACUCGACAAGCCCCUUGUACCAACCAUCAUCCACCGCCAGUACCAGCGGCGCUCACCUCGCAGGCGGGCAUUAUCCUUUCUUCGGAGUCGCAUACAAGAUAUUAGGGUCCUGCCGACAUCAUUACAGCUGCUCCUGGGAUGCAUAGUCUCGCGCACGGCGCUCUUUUGGUAUACGAUCCGCACGACGCAAUGUUCGUGUCCUGGCAUCGAGGCCUUUUUGCCGAUAUUCGCACACAUGUGCGUGACCGUGUUACAGUACGAUGACAGCAGCACGUCCGCGGAGGCUGCCGAGGCGAGACAACAAGCCACGACGCCGGGGAGGAGUCGACCUCUAUCGCCCAUCUUGUCCUACGUCUUGUCGUCUUUCAGCUCGCUCGUGUGGGCCCUCGGCUCCGUCGUCGCGCUGUCCAAGGCGCGCGUCUUGACGGGCACCGUCUGCUCGAGCGAGCUGGCGACCUUUUACGCCCAGCUCGGCAUGUGCGCCCUCGACGCGGUCAUCCUCACGCUCGUCGCCCGCCUGCAUGGACGCCGCAGUCACGACGACGAGGCCGAAGCUGACGACGGCCAUGUCGCCAACCACCUGGCCACGGUGUUUCUGUUCGCGGGACUCUGCGGGAUAGCCUUGGCCGUGCCGUCGUGGCUCACCGACGCGGGCUUCCUGUUGGCGUUCAAGAUUGGGCCCGGGGAUCUCGGCCGCCUGGUGCUCGACUCGACGGUCGCCGCCCUUGGCGUCCUGUGCGGCGUGGCGAUGCUGCGAGACUUCAGUCCCACGGCGGUAGCGCUGUUGGUCUCCGAGGUGGGUUUGUUUGGCUUCCUCGUACCGCGCUUCCGCUUCGCCACGCCGCUGUCGCCCGAUGCCGAAACCCAGGUCGGCCAGAGCGCCCUGCUGGCCGCCGUCUCCGCCGCCCUGCUGUGGCGUGUCCUCGCCGUCCCGACGUCUCAUUCUCCGCAGCAGUAUGCGGCGGCCGCCACGGGGCUCAGAUGGCUCUUGGCCUGCCAUGUCGGGGCGGUCGUCUUGACGGUCCUAUGCGCGACUCUAGCGCCGGCCAGACCAUCGACGACCGACCAGCCGCUGUUGUUGUUCGAAGCCGUCGAGCAGCUCGCCGCCUCCGCGACGACGGCCAAGGAGGCGUGGCAACGGCAGGCCGCGGCGAGCAAGUCGCUCUCCUCCGCGGCGGCAGAGUACAGACGCCGAUAUGGCAUGGCGCCGCCGCCCAACUUUGACAAGUGGUACGAGUUCGCUAUGCGGGCUGAGUCGCCCGUCAUCGACGACUUUGACCAGAUAUACCGCGACGUGCUGCCGUUCUGGGGCGUCGAGCCGGCCGUGCUGCGGGAGAGGACGGCGCACCUGCUCGAGCACCCGACGCUGGAGAUGGGGGGCAUGCGCAUCCAGGGCGGCAGGGUGUAUCAGUCGCCGCACAUCCCAGGGACGCAUCGAUGGAUGGCCGAGGCCCUGGAGAGGAUGAUUGAGCCGUUUGCGACGUGGCUGCCGGACAUGGUGCUGGCUGUGAACCUGGCUGACGAGUGUCGCGUUGCGGUCCCCUUUGAGGAAAUGCAGCUCCUCAAGCAUCGGGCCAGGGCCACAACGUCUCGUCUGACAGCAGGCAAGUACACGGAGAGGCUCCAGCAGCAGAGUUAUGAUGAUACGACACCAGACAAGUCGCCCGUGAGAGAAUGGGCCUCCGACUUUCCCCUGCCGACGACGCGCCACACCCGUCCCGGCUCCUUGACCUCUCCCUACUUUACCAACAACAUCCGCAAGCAAAUCUUCUAUGACUGGCUCGCCGCGACCUGUCCCCCUCGCUCGCCGGCUCGCACCACGCACUGGUGGGACUGGAGCACGCUCUGCACGGGCUGCCUCUCGCCGCACUCCCUCCCCGUCACCAUCGUCGCCGCAUCAUCUCCUCCCCCUGGCACCAGCAGCAGCACCAGCAGCAGCGCCACCAACAACAACAACGACAACGCCGCCGCCGCCGCCACCCCCUUAUCCGGCUUCAUACUGUCCAACGCAACGCUCGCGCGCGACCCCUGCCACCAGCCCGACCUGGCGUACCUCGACGGCUUCACGCUCUCGCCCGCCGCCAUGAUCGGCACGCGCACGCUCUUCCCCGUCUUCAGCCAGGCGCGCGUGGGCGGCUUCGCGGACCUGCUCAUCCCCUCGCCGUGGGACUUUGCCGACAAGAGCGCCUACGACGCCGACGCGGAUCGCCCGUGGGAGGAGAAAGAGAAUGGACUGUACUGGCGCGGGACGGGGAGUGAUGGGUUCGCCGCGCACGGGGCCUGGGCUGGCUUCCUGCGCGCUCGAUUCGCGCACGAGGCAUAUGAGCAGCAGCAGCGACAUGUGCCGUCAACCGACUUGCGUAUCAACGUCUCCUUUGUGGGGGACGUCUCCAAGUGCGACGCGGGCGACUGCGCGGCGGAACUCGAUGCCUUUUCACUCUGGGGCACGACCGUCGUCCCAUCCAACCACUCGUCGUCGUCGUCGUCGUCCCUCAAAGAGAAGAAGAAGAAGGAGAAGAAGCUGCCGCCGCCCUUGCCGUUCGAGGAAAACUGGCGCUUCCGCCACCUCAUGGACAUGGACGGCGCGGGCUUCAGCGGGCGCUUCCGGUCGUUCCUGCAGAGCCGCAGCCUGCCGUACCGGGCGGCCCUGUUCCAGGCGUGGUAUGACGAGCGCGUCUUUUCGUGGCACGACUACGUCCCGGCGGACGUGCGCCUGGGCGACGGGUUCUGGGGCGUGGUCCGGUACCUGGCCGGCGUCGGGGGCGGCGAGGAUAACAAGGAGGAGGAGGAGGUGGAGGGGGACGACGACGACGACGACAUCGUGGUGGCCAGACGACAGGGACCGCAGACGGCGCAGAAGAUCGCCCUCCAGGGGCGGGAGUGGGCGGCCAAGGCCCUCCGCAAGGAGGACAUGCAGGUGUAUUUGUUCCGGCUGCUGCUCGAAUGGGGCCGAGUCGUGAGCGACGACCGGGAGACGAUGAUGUAUGAUGAUGAUUCGGGAGACGACUGGACACGGCCGUGAGCGAUGCUGUUUGAAUACAAGUCUUUUGGUGGAGGACUCUCAUAUAUAUGCGUCUAGAUCUCAUCUACAUAGUAACUAGAUAGGUAUGAGCCUGGGCUGAGAGGUAUUAGUGGC